CAGAGCACCUCGCUUUUUGUACUCUUCCGUCUUUGCCCUCGCAUCAUCGGUGUACGUUUGAACAGCGAGAGGAAAACGUCUAGCUCGUUCCAUGGAGAGCUCAUCUCACAAGCGGGCGCGGGAGGCAGCCGACCUCGCUGCCGCCGAGGGGGCCUCGCCCGAGACCGACGCCAAGAGGCUGCGGCCCGAGGACCUGCUCGACUUGCUCGACGAUGACACCGACGCGGCCGCCGCCGGCGACCUGGCGUCCAUCAUGCGGAGCCUCGAGGAGGAGAUAGCCAGCUUCGACGAGGAGGCGGCCGCCGCCGACCUCAUGGCGCCGCCGCAGGCGGAGCUGGGAUUCCUGCUCGAGGCCUCGGACGACGAGCUGGGGCUGCCGCCGGCGGGUGCCUGCUCGUCGUCGGAGGAUGCCGGCGCCGGGGAGCCGGAGGUAGCCGUCGGGCUCGACGGACAGAUCUGGGGUUUCGAGGAUGAGAUAGACGGAGGCUUCGGUGGCUACGGCGGGUCCUCGCCGGAGGCGGCCGCCGCCAUCGCCGCUGCGGCCGCGGCUGGGUGGGACGACGAGGGCUUCGACGCCCGGCUGUUUGCGUUCGGCGACGAGCUCUCCGGGCCGUCGGAUCUCGGGGCGCUUCGUCACGAGACCAUGCCGGCCGUCUGAUGAUGGGCCCGACCAGCCAGUGGAUUAGCGUUUUCUUCUUUUGUUUUUGCCUUUGGCUAACCUUAGCGUUACCCUUUUUUUAACUUUGGUGUAAAGUUUUUAGUAGAAGGGUAAAACAGAUGCAUGAAACUUUGGAAGGUUCCUUGGGUGGAGAGCACUCAGAGCCGGAAAAAGCAUGGUUGAAAAAAGAAUCUGAAGAAUGGUUUCCCA